CACACGCGCGCGCGCGCGCGCGCUGGAGAGGGUCGGCGCAAAAGACUGCACAAGUAAACCCAGCGCGUGCGUGUGUGUUCAGCAGAAGCCGUGUUUCAUGACUCCCUGGAGGCAGAAUGCGCUGAGCAUCCAGAAACAGGGAUUAGUGUGUGGAGGUCUGAGGUGGCUUGUGUCUCUACAGACCUGCUUCCCCGCUGCACUGAGACGUGCGCGCCGUCCAAACUAACUGACAGUCUCCUGUCUUCUGGACGGCGGGGAAACACACAAACACACCUGCGAAAUGGCUAAAGAAACAAAAGGCAAAGUGACUUUACGCAAGCACAGCACUUCCCACUGGUGUAUGCAUAACAUCACCCAAGAAUCCAUGGAUAGCUCUGAUGAUGAGUUUUUUGAUGCCCGAGAGGUAUUAGAAGGGAAGACUGCUAUGCUGUUGGGAAUGAGUCAGUGGAACUCUAAUGACCUGGUAGAACAGAUUGAGACUUUGGGCCAGAUUGACCCGACUCAAGAGAGCUUGUGCCAUAGUGACCAACCUAGGUGUGUCCACCAUAGAAACAUUGAUGUACUAGGAAGCCUUGAGACAAGAUGCAAGACCCAUGUGCUUGUGUUGGUGGUUCAUGGAGGAAACAUUCUAGACCCAGCCAGUGGUGACCUGCAGGCAAAGGAGGCAGACGUGGCCAUUCUGUCCUCAGUGCUAGAGAAAGUGGCACAGGCGCACAUUGAAGCUGCCACACACCAGAUACUAAUCAAGCUGGUGCCCUGUCCUGCUGUAUGUGCAGAGGCCUUUUCCCUGGUUUCCAACCUGAACCCCUACAGUUAUGAUGAGAGCUGUGUGUCAAGCAGUGUGGAUCACCUUCCACUGGCAGCACUUCCUCUCCUCGCUAUUGCUGCACCACACUACCAGGAUGCUGUCGCAGUAGUUAUCGCCCAAGCCAAUCAGGUCUACCACAGCUUCCUGCAGUCCCCUGAAGGACAAGGCUUCCAUGGCCAGGUGUGUCUGUUGGGUGACUGUGUGGGUGGUGUGCUAUGUUUUGAUGCACUUUGUUUCAGCAACAGCCCACAACAUGACAGCCCUAGUCACAAAGGGAGACACAGCAGUAUGGAUAGCCUAAGGAAUAACCUUGGGCUCCUAGAAGAGGCCAACUUAGGUCUGUGCUCCAGUAAGCGUCUCAGCAAAAGUAACACUGACAUCUCAGCCCCUGAUGGGAGUUGUGUGAGGAGGAAACGACUCAUUCGCAAACAGAGUGACUCGUGUGCUAUUGACUCCUCCAAGAGCCAGCAACAGCCAAUUCUCAGCAAUCAGGUCCAUGAUGGAAUAGACCCAGGCCCUGGAGGAAGCAGUCCAUUGAUGAAUCCAGGCCGUUUUGAUUUCGAGGUGUCAGAAUGUUUCCUGCUCGGCUGUCCACUUGGACUAGUGUUAGCCAUGAGACGCACUGUUCUUCCUUCAGUCGAAGUGACUCAACUACAGCCUGCUUGCACUCAGAUCUUCAACCUGUUCUACCCCUCUGACCCGUCAGCCUCCAGACUGGAGCCUCUCCUGCAUUCUCUCUUUCACCGGCUGCCUCCGUUCCCUGUUCCACGAUAUCAGCGCUUCCCGCAAGGCGAUGGUCGCUCUACCCUGAUUGCUGAUGACAUCCAUAGCCACCCUGAUGUGUUCCUGGAUGAAGAAACUGUGCUCUCGUUCUCUCCGAGGGUAAAUGAUGCAGAGGGAACAGUGAAGCAGGUGGUUGGCAGAGGCCGCAGGGCAAGUCUGACCAGCACAGACAGUCAAGCAUCCGGCUGCUGGGAGAGCAAGCUCAGCUGUAUCACUGCCAACAUCUCCAGUAACUGGUGGGGCUCUAAACGACUGGACUAUGCUCUUUAUUGUCCUGAUGUAUUGACUGCAUUCCCCACUGUGGCUCUGCCUCAACUCUUCCAUGCCUCUUACUGGGAGUCUACUGAUGUGGUGGCCUUUCUGCUCAGACAGGUGACACAUUGUGAUUGUGUGAAGUCUCAGGAGGCAGACAGCUCAGACUGUACCUCCUUUUCUCCUUCCAGCCCCAGAGAGAAAUGGCUACGGAGACGAACACAUGUUAAGCUUAGGAAUGUCACCUCCAACCACAGAGUGAAUGAUGUCAUUGCGACUGAGGAAGGGCCGCAGACUCUGGUUGGUCGCUUUAUGUACGGCCCUCUGGACAUGGUGACUCUGACAGGAGAGAAGGUGGACAUAUAUUUAAUGACGCAGCCUCCAUCAGGGCGCUGGGUGCACUUUGACACUGAGGUCACCAACAGCAAUGGCAGAGUGUCCUACACUAUUCCGGACAGCAAAAAGCUGCCUUUGGGAGUUUAUCCUGUUAAAAUGGUUGUCAAGGGAGAUCAAACAAGUGCAGAAGCUUUUCUGACUGUGCUGCCUCGGGGAAUGGAGUGUGUGGUGUUUAGCAUUGAUGGGUCUUUUGCUGCUAGCGUCUCCAUCAUGGGCAGCGACCCUAAAGUACGGGCUGGUGCUGUGGACGUGGUCAGACACUGGCAGGACUUGGGUUAUCUUAUUAUCUACAUCACUGGCCGUCCAGACAUGCAGAAACAGAGAGUGGUGUCCUGGCUUUCACAGCACAACUUCCCACAGGGCAUGAUCUUUUUCUCUGAGGGCUUAGUGCAUGACCCUCUGCGGCAGAAAACCAUCUUCCUUAGGAACUUGAUUCAGGAGUGUUACAUUAAGAUCAACUCAGCCUACGGCUCCAUGAAGGACAUCUCUGUCUAUAGCAUGCUGGGUCUCAGCCCCAACCAGAUAUAUAUAGUGGGCAGACCAUCCAAGAAAUACCAAAACCAAUGCCAGUUCCUCAGUGACGGCUAUGCAGUGCACCUUUCAUCACUGCAGUUUGGCCACCGGGCCCGGGCCAAGAAAACCUCAUCAAUGCGGAUGGUGCUGCGUAAGAGCUCUUUUGGCUUGUCUUCAAAGCCAGAUUUUCUGUCCAAGCGCACACACUUGCGACGCACCAUGUCUGUGCAGCAGGCUGAACCUCCCAUGAGCUUGAUCCCCAAACCGGAGCGUGCCCAGAGCCAACCUGAGUCCAAUAAAGACACUGGGGGUAGUGAAGGAGGUGGCAAUGUGAUGUGGGUGCGGGCAGGCAUGCACCGGGGUAACACCACUCCCUGAACACACCGAAAUCCAGAGGGAUAAUAAAGGAGAAGACAUUGUUUCUCCUUAGAGUGUCAUGGUAUUCAGAUGGGCUUUCUUUUGAGGAUUUGCACCGUCGGUGUUCAUCCUUCUGUGCUCUGUUUCUCUUCUGCAUUAUCUUCACAUCUAAGCCUUUGGGUGAGGCACCACAAAUCACAUCUCUGCUUCAAAUCUCACUCUGUACAGCUUGCUUCAUCUCCCUGAGGAUUUGACUCAUUAUAUGUUAUGCAAAAUCUGUCUAUUCCGCAACUCCCCUGUUUGAGUCAAGGCAAUAACAAAGGUUCAGCAGAUUUGAAAUGAUCAGUAAGUAUUCAUUAAUUAUUAAUAAUCAUAACCUGGACAUACUACUAUCCAAGUUUAAGACUGUUUGUGAGUUUCAUAUUUUAAAUAGUCAGCAACACAGAGGUAUUUUUGCUUGGUCUUGUGAGGACUUGGCUUGAUUCCUGGCUAUUUCUUGGAAUUCUGUCAGGCAAGAGAUAAAAUAUAAAAUUCCAGCUGAAACCUCCAGAUGUCUAAAGCCCAAGGAAAUGUACAUACUGUAGUUGAAGAGGAGAGCUUUAACAUGCUGCUUGGGCAGGGUUUUAUGCUGGCUCCUGCAAUAAUCCUUCUGUGUAAAUAUUGCAGACUCAACACUGCAUUUUGAAUAUCUGUCCAUGAGCUAGCUGCAGAGAUGAACUGCUAGGCUGACCCAAACCUGCUGUUUCAUGGCACAGCUCAUAGCCAGAACAGUGCACAUGACAACAUGGAACCUGUGCUAGAAGAAGUGCUGAACGCCGCCCUAUCUCUGCGUGAGGUCAUACCUUAUCUCCCAUCUCUCAUGCCUCUUAUAUCAGUAGCUGUAGAUUGACUACCAGAUGAAAUGAUUAUCGUACAUCAGUGGCUUCUUUGCCCAAUAUUUUCCCUGCCCAAAUCUGCUUUUUUAAACUGUAAUCUGUCCAGAAAACAUGAUUUUGAAAGAUUUAAAAUGGGGAGCAGCUUAAGUGUAUUAUAUGUAUUGUGUACAUUUGUGAUAUUCCUCAAUUUCUCACUUAGGUGAAUAUUGUAACUUGCACUAAAUCAAAUUGAUUAUGGUACUAUAGGUGUAAUUGUUUUAUGGCUGAAUACAGCAAUGUUUACCAUUCAAUAAUAGUUUUGUAUUUGUAUUGUAAUAGUGGUUGUUGUUGUUCAUAAGGUUGUGAGUGUACUGCCCUGAUAUUACACAGUAAUAAGGUAAUUGUUGAAUCUGAUAUUGAUAUUGUUUACAUAUAAAUGAUUCGUGUAUAGUCUUAACACUACAGGCCAAAGUUUGAAUGUAACACUAGGGGGAAAAAAGAAAAGAAAGAAAUGGUUACAUAUCAUGCUGGUCAGUGUGAAAAUAAAGGUUCAAAAAAGUGGUUCUUUACAUUUUCAGAGCUAUAUAUAUAUAUAUAUAUA